AUGAAGUUGCGUUCGUUGCUGGCCUCCAGCGCUGCUUUACUAACUAGUCUAGUGAGAGCCGACUCCGAGACGUUCGGAAUGCUGGUGAUUCGCUCAGCCUCCCCACUGCAGUAUGCCUCGGUUUACGCCGAAAACGGUAACCUGUACCUGGGCGGCACGAUCGUUGGGCUGUCCGGGACAGUGACCGACGAAGGCAAGCUCAAGUUCUCCGACGGCACCUACGCGGUUGUGGAUCGUCAGGGUGCUCUCUCAGAAACGACCGACAGUGCCAGUGGCUCGACCGGUUUCGUGGUCACCUCCGGAUACCUCGGUUACGACAAAUCUAUCGGUUUCACUGGCGAGCUCUCCAACGAGGGCUACCGUUUCUCUACCACCAUGACGUCUCCGGAUGACCUGGACGUGCUUAUCAAAGCAAUUCUUCCCAACGGGUCCAUGGUGCCAGACUUUGAACCCUCGUUGACAACUUUCGAGGCUGGCUUCACCAAGUAUUUGAACACCACAGUAACAGUCACCACUACGACUCACGAUACCACCACUACCACCACUUUGACAUCAUGCGGCGGUGAAAAUAGUUCCAAUGGGUUUUCCACUGGUUUGGGCACGGGAACAUUUAGUUCAUUUAAUAGUUCAUCUCUCCCCUUCAGCACUUUCAUGACGACUGCUAGUGUGAGCUCCUCUAGCGCGCUAAGUACAACGGCCACCUCGCUCCUUCCAUCGUCGCUAUCAUACUCGGGGUCUUUGAGUUUGACGCGUUCCAACUCAUCUUCAUUUGUCAGUACAGUUGGCCCUACGAGUUUGAGUUUGAGUUCGUCAAUCGUCUUCCCAAAUUCCUCUCUGACACUUUCAUCCUUCACUUCGCCCUCUACUUGGGCGAGCGCCACUGCCAGCAACACAUUCACCGCAAGCAACAGUAGCUCCAGUAUCGCUUCAUCUACUUUGUCGAGCUCACUUUCCGCUAGCGCGACCACACCCACAAUUUCUAGCAGCCUCAUUUCCUCAAUCUUUUCGCCCUCGUCAAGCCUGGUCAUAAGCUCUACUUUCAAUUACUCGAGCCCCACGCCAUCAGUUACAUCAGUGUCGAUAUCAAUUCCCUCGAGUGUGGUAACUAUUACCCUUUCAUCGUCUAGUGCCAUUGCUUCCCCUAGCGUUAGCAGCUCGGAAAGCUCUGUUCCGUCGAGUAUUAUUACACUACCUUCGUCCUCUUCGUCUGUCACCAUCAGCUUCUCAGCUUCUGUAAACGCUUCCAGCUUCGAAACGGGCUCUGCGUCCUCCAGUGUCAUUACUCUCACUUCUUCGGCCUCGUCAUCCACUCAAUUUAGUUUAUCGACGGGAACAGUAAGCUCAAGCUUGAGUACACCAAGUUCGAGUAUAACUGUGAGCAGUUUGACAAGUGGAUCAAGUGGAUCAACGAUCUCCCAAACGAGCUCCCAGCCUUCCAGUGUCGUCGGACCUUCUUCCUCAUUGCCCUCGGUGUCAAGUUUGAGCAUCUCUUCAGAGUCCACAAGCUUCACUUUCAGUUUCACCUCGUCAAGCACUACGACUGUCACGCCUUCUUCUUCCACAGCUAUUAGUGGUUCUACAGGAUCUUCGAGCGCCUUUUCAAGUACACCAAGUUCUCAAGCUCCUUCAAAUUCUGUCACAAUUUCCAGCUCUUCUAUUACUGUCCCAAUUUCUUCCUCUUCCACGGUGGUAUCAAGCUCUUCGACUGUAACCUCGAGUUCUGUCACAGUUUCCUCUUCUUCAGCCGUGGGAUCAAGCUCCUCUACGGCACCUUCCAGUUCGGUCACGGUCUCCAGCACUUCUAUCACGAUACCAAUCUCUUCAUCUUCUACUGUGGGAUCAAGCUCCUCCGCACUUUCGAGCUCUGUCAUAAUUUCCAGCUCUUCUAUUACUGUCCCAGUCUCUUCGUCUUCAACCCUGCGAUCAAGUUCUUCCACCGGACCCUCCAAUUCCAGUACGGGUGCCCCAAGCUCUUCGUCCUCGACCGUAGCAUCGAGCUCCUCUAGCGCAAUUUCGAGCUCUGUGGUGACUUCAAGUACUACGACAGCAGCUAGUUCGAGUGUCAGCUCUAGCAGCGUUGGUCUAUCGUCGUCAGUUUCAUCUUCAAGCUCUGAAGUUAUCUCCAGUUCUGCGGUUCCUUCUUCCUCUAGUGGUGUUACAGUGAGUUCUUCUCCUUCCGUGAUUCCGAGCUCAUCAUCGACCGGAUCAACAAGUUCCGUAACUCCUUCAGUCUCUUCCAGCUCGGUCACUUCCUCUUCCGCGGGCCCUAGCUCUUCUGGUAUCUCUGGAAGCACUAGUUCCAGUGCACCAAGUCCCACCCUAAGCACUUCAACUUUGCCUCAGUCAUCUAGUACUAUUUCAAGCUCCAUCACUUCGAGUGCUACUGCAGCCACUUCAUCUUCGCCAGGAGUCUCAAGCUCUUCGACUUCGAGUUCCAGCGUAGUGACUUCAAGCUCUUCCACUAGCUUCGUCACAAGCUCCACAACAGGAUCAGCAUCCUCGAGUGCACUUACGCAGUCUAGCUUAUCUUCCUCCGCUUCCCCGUCUUCGGCAAUCCCAAGCUCUUCUAGUAAUGCCGCGUCAAAUUCUCCAUCAUCUUCAGGUGCUAGCGGAACGAUCACUUUGACAUCCUUGUCGACAACAGUCUCUGCAAGUGGAUCUACCUCAACAUUAUCAUCUUCUUCGCAGGAGUCUGGAACAACCAGCUCUUCGGCCGUCUCCUCUUCUGCGGUGACAUCACGUCCUUCUAGCACAGCUUCUAGUAGUGGUGUGGUUUCUUCUACCUCAUCCUCUAGCGAGCAAUCGACCUCGACCUUGGCGCCAUCAUCUAGCACCGUUAGCAGCUCGACCAGUGCUUCACCAUCAUCAUCAGCCACUAGAUCCAACAACGGAGCGGUCCAAAAGGGAUCCCACGGCCUGGGUGCUGGUAUCCUCUUUGUGGCUGCCAUGCUAUUGUGA